UUCGCGAGCGUGCCCGCUCCAGUCCGCAGGGGGAGGGGGCGAGGCCGAUGGGCCCGAGGGUCACCCACGUCCAUCCCAUCCGGCUCGGCCGGUCUGCGGGGACCGGCCCGCUGCUUCCCAGGGAGCCCGAUGGCCUCGGAAGGACUGGCGGGGGCGCUGGCGGCCGUGCUGGGGGGCCGGGGGCUGCGCGUGCAGAGCUGUGACUCGGGGCCGGCGGGGGAGCCGGCGGCGCCCGUGCGGCUGCGGAAGAACGUUUGCUACGUGGUGCUGGCCUUGUUCCUCAACGAGCAGGAUGAGGUGCUGCUGGUCCAGGAGGCUAAGAAAGAGUGCCGUGGGUCGUGGUACCUACCUGCAGGGAGGAUGGAGCCUGGGGAGACUAUCGUGGAGGCGCUGCAGCGGGAGGUGAAGGAGGAGGCUGGGCUGCACUGUGAGCCUCUGACGUUGCUGUCUGUGGAGGAGCGGGGCCCCUCCUGGAUCCGCUUUGUGUUCCUUGCCCGUCCCACAGGUGGAAUUCUUAAGACUACCAAGGAGGCAGAUGCGGAGUCCCUGCAGGCUGGCUGGUACCCACGAACCUCGCUGCCCACCCCGCUGAGAGCCCAUGACAUUCUGCACCUGGUAGAGUUAGCCGCCCAGUACUGCCAGCAAGCCAGGCACCCUCUCAUUCUGCCCCAAGAGCUUCCCUGCAGUCUGAUCUGCCAGCGGCUCGUGGCCACGUUUACCAGUGUCCAGACGGUGUGGGUGUUGGUGGGCACAGGGGGGACGCCUCACUUGCCCAUCACUGCUUGUGGCUUCACUCCCAUGGAGCAGAGGGGUGGCAUCAAGAUGGCCGUCCUGCGGCUGCUGCAGGAGUGUCUGACCCUGCACCACCUGGCAGUGGAGACCAAGGGGUUGCUUGGACUGCAGCACAUGGGCAAAGACCAAACAGAUGGCAUCUGCCUGAAUGUGCUGGUGACCGUGGCUUUUCGGAAUCCAGGUAUCCAAAAUGAGCCCCCGAAGGUUCGGGGUGAGAACUACUUUUGGUGGAAGGUGAUGGAGGAAGACCUACAAAGCCAGCUUUUACACAGGCUUCAGGAAUCAUCGGUCAUCCCAAUCAACAGAUAGGAGGCUGCCGUCAGCAGGCCAGGAGCUGGGUGUCUGUGCCUCCUCUGAGAUGGGCAGGGGGUUGGCAGUCAGAGAUCUUGUUGCGUUGGGAGCAGGGCAGUUCUCCUGGCUCCCAGGGGGACUUCCAUCUCUCGUCGCCAUGGAGCAGGUCUCUUCAGGCUACACCAAAAGGGACAGUGCCUUCAACCAAAUAAGGCAUCCAGAGCUCAAGGACCGAGUUGCCCUGAGGGCACAAGGAGGGCACGAUGACUCCCUAAGGGGAUGGGAGGACUUUCUGAACUUGAGGUGGCAUCUGCUCUGCAUUUUCUGUGCCUGCCUCAGUGAAGGCCUCAUCGGGAUCUUCAGGCGCUUACAGCGUGGAGGGGGCGCUGGGGGAGGUCAUUCCAAGGGAGUGGGUCCCUGGCUGAGUAAAUAGGUGUUGCUUACUUUGCCUUCCCACCUAAAUGUCUCUGUGGGGAGGACGGGAGCAGGAAGGGGGGCUGCCUCAGUUUGAGAAGCUCCUCUCUUUAUCUCACUGACACCACCCAGGCCUUCCCUGACAGCAAGCUGAUACUAUAGGUGACUGGCGGCUGGCUUCCUUGGUCCACUGCAGCCUCUCCUGCCUCCCAGGUGGGGUGUGACCACAUCCCCUCCAAAGUUUGAGCGGUGAGAUGGCCAGAAGCUUCGAGGUGGGGAGUGAGGGACCCCACCCCCACCGCCUCCCCGCCUCUCUGCCCAAGGCUUUCCACCUUGAGUGUCUCCAUCCCUUCCCUGAGCCACUCUGCUGACCUGGGCUCCUGCCUCUGCCUUGAUGCAACUCCAGCCCAAGCCAGACCAACAUGUUUCUCCAUUUCCCCUCAGCCCAGCUGGAUCAUGGCAGGAAUCUUUUUAAAGAGAACUUUACUAAAAUUUAAGGGAAAACCAAAGGAAAUGAAUGAAGAAAACAUAAUGUGCCAUCACUGCUGGGCACUAGUCAUUAACGUAGAGAUUCGGUUCUGAGCAGGGAAAUACUUGACUGGGCUUCCCUUCUGCGGUAGCUCCACUCUGACGCCGAAGGACCAGGAUGUCCUCAAAGGCCCCCUCCCCUGCCUCUCCGGGCUGCCAUCCUGGCUUUCUGGCCACUGGGGCUGUGGUAGGAAUCCUCUUGUUCCCUCUAAAGACGAUCGUCUUCUGAACAACGGAGUCAAAGCCUUUCA